AUGGACAAAAGCUGGAUGAAUUUGGGUGAUAGACUUGUAUCUCCUGCAUAUGCUGAAGGGGUUAAAAAUUUCCUCGCAAUGGCACGAAACCAUUCAAUGGGAAGUGAUCGCAUUCGGUGUCCCUGCCGUAUAUGCUAUAAUAACCUCUUCUUGCCUAUAUUUGAGGUGGAGACUCACUUGUUCAUAAAAAGGAUCAAUCCAAAUUAUACCCAAUGGAUAUUUUAUGGAAAGGAGGAAACACUCCCCAUCAUUAACGACGACACCGAUCCUGGGGUUGGAGUUGAAGACGAGUACAUUGAUGACAUGGACCGUAUGUUAGAUGACAUACGGGCAGGCACAUUCGGAGAUGCUCUUGAAGACAACACUACAUCGCCAACUCAGCCAUCAAUACCACAGCCCUCCCCAAACUCAAGUUUAGACCAACUAUUAGAGGAUGCUCGACUUCCUCUUUUUGACGGUUGCAUUAAAUUCUCAAAGCUCUCAUUCUUCGGGAAGUUGUUACACAUUAAAACGCUCGGUGGGUGGUCAAUUAAGUCUUUUGUUAUGCUCAUUAGCCUUCUGCAGUCUACUUUUCCUGAUGCUAAAUUGCCUAGUUCAUAUGAGGAGGCAAGGUCAUUGGAGCGAGGUUUGGGUUUCAACUACAACAAAAUUCACGAAUGCCCCAACGACUGCAUUUUAUUCCGGAAAGAAUAUGCUAAUCUUAAUGAGUGCCCUAUAUGUAAGGCUUCGCGUUGGAUGCCCAAUACACAUGGGUCACAAGUGAUCCCACAAAAAGUGUUUCGACAUUUUCCUUUGAAGCCAAGAUUGCAGCAUCUAUUUGUGACAAACAAGAUAGCAUGUGAAAUGAGAUGGCAUAAGGAGUAG